AUGCCUUCUAAUGACGAAUACGCUCCUCGUCCACGUCGAGACCGCCCAGGAUAUGAUCACGACGGCGGCCUCCGAUACCCAGACGACAACGACUACGCUGAUGCUCGCAAAUCUGCUUCUCGUCAUUCUCGCUAUGAUACUUCCCCAGUCCCAGCACCACAUACUUCCGACCUGCGUGACGAACGUCGCCGCCGGAAGGACCUCGGCCCUCGCGAUGUAGAGCCAAGCGGAGGUGAGAAGAUAGCCACUCGGGAUCUGAAAAACUCUCCUCCUCCCUACCGCGAGUAUCCCUAUGAAAAAGAGGGCGAUAGCAGGCCAAAGAAGUCCAACACUGCCGUACCUCGGCGAAGAAGCUUCUCCGGUGACGACGAUCUUGAUCCAGUACCUCAUCACAAGAGAGAAGGCGGAGGUGUCGCCUAUGGCCGGUCCAAAGGAUACCGCGAGCCUAUUCCCGCAUCGGAAGCCACAAUGAGCGACGGUGACGAACAUAAAGGCAGACAUUUGAGACGCAGACCGAAAGAUGACUACGACGACUUUGACCCAGAACCACCACGACGUGCCAAAACAUAUCGAGAACCCGACCGCCGUCGCCACGAUGACCAGUACGACGGUGAGCCACGCCCUCCUCGCCAUCGCAGUCCCGAAGACAGAUACUCCGAUCGUGACCGAGGAUAUAAAUCCGACGGCCGUGACGCCAUGAGACGGAGGAGGGAUGAUGACCGCCACUAUGACGAUCGCAGAUAUCGCGGAGGUAGUGGAUCUCGUCGAGACGAUGGUUACGCCUCCGACCGAGGUCACAGACGCUACGAUCGUGCCAGAGACAGAGACAGAGACAGAGAUCGAGACCGAGACCAUCGCGAUCGUGACCAUGACCGUCACCGCCAUGACUCUGAUCGUGACAGGGACUACAGAGACCGAGACCGGGACAGAGAUCGAGACCACAAGAAGAAAAAGGGCUUCUCGUUAGAUGACAUCAGCAAAGUCUACGAGCAAGGCCAAAAGCACUACAAAGUGGUCGCCCCAAUCGUCACUGGUUUGGCCAAGAUGUACAUGGACAGCAAAAAAUGA